AUGGCGGCGGAGGAGGAGGAGGCGGCGUUGCCGCCCCAGAAGCGCUUCUACCGACAGCGCGCGCACUCGAACCCGCUGGCCGACCACACCCUGCGCUACCCCCCCCGCCCUCAGGACAUGGACUGGGCCUCGCUGUUCCCGACUUUUUUUCCGCCCGACGCCCCCCCCGGGACCCCCCCGGCCCGCGUGGAGUUCGCAGACGUGGGGUGCGGCUACGGGGGGCUGCUGGUGGCGCUGGCCGAGCGCUUCCCGCAGACGCUGGCGCUGGGGCUGGAGCUGCGGGGGAAGGUGGCCGCGUUCACCCGCGCUCGGAUCCGGGCGCUGCGGGCGGCACAGCCCGGCCGCUUCGGCAACGUGGCCUGCGUGAGAGGCAACGCCAUGAAACACCUGCCGCACUUCUUCCGCCGGGCCCAACUCUCCAAGCUGUUUUUCCUGUUCCCUGACCCUCAUUUCAAGCGCACGAAGCACAAGUGGAGAAUCAUCAGCCCCGCCAUGCUGGCAGAGUACGGCUACGUGCUGCGCCCCGGGGGCCUGGUGUACACGGUGACAGAUGUGCCUGAGCUGCACGAGUGGAUGCUGCAGCAUUUUGGGGAGCACCCCCUGUUUGAGCCCGUGCCCCCUGCCCAGCUGGCCGCGGACCCGCUGGUGCCGCUGCUGCCGUCGGUGACAGAGGAGGGACAGAAGGCGCAGCGCGCGGGGCGUCCCCCGUGCACCGCCGUGUUCCGCCGCCGCCCCGACCCCUCCUCGGGGACACCGUGA